AUGGAUAUUACGUUGGGCGUAUAUACCAUGUACUUUGCUUAUCGAAAUUUGUCGUUUUGCAAAUAAAUUAGUCACAAUUCAUAGUUCACAAAAGUAUUAUCAUUGAGUACGAACAUAAUGUUAAACAUAAAUUAUUAAAUACAAAUUGUACGAUAUAUACUCAAUAGUAUUAUCUACUGCUAAAUGGUAGGUUCCUGUAGCCAGUUUUCAUAUGUUUAAAUUUAUUCAAUAAGUGAAUAAGUCACAGUUCGCAUCACCAUAUAAAUUCUUCAUUAUCGGGUCGCUGUUUAAUUGUUGUCAAUUCGCUUGUUGUUCAUUUAUACUCUUAAAGAACUGUAUCCUCUAUAGUAUUGCUCCUUAAUCUAAGAACUUUGCUGUACUCAACGCAGAUAAAAUGCAUUCUGAAGAUUUAGACGUAGAAGAUCAUUCUCCUAGUGAUCUGAUGAAUGAGGACCUCCUAAAUGAGGGAAGUAAUUCAGAGAAUGUGGACUUAAGUGAUAACUCACUUCAAGUUGUCAUUUCUGACGCUCUUAGCGAAAAAGACAGAGUGAAGUUUACUGUUCUAUCAAAGACAACGUUACCAGAUUUUCAAAAGUCAGAAUUUUCAGUUGUAAGACAACAUGAAGAGUUUAUUUGGUUACAUGACCAAUUUGAAGAGAAUGAGGAUUAUGCUGGAUAUAUUAUUCCUCCAGCACCACCUCGUCCAGAUUUUGAUUCAUCUAGAGAAAAAUUACAAAAACUUGGUGAAGGAGAAGGUACUAUGACAAAGGAGGAGUUUAUGAAAAUGAAAAAAGAAUUGGAAGCUGAGUAUUUAGCCACUUUUAAAAAAACAGUUGCUAUGCAUGAAAUGUUUCUUUCAAGGCUAGCUCAGCAUCCUGUGUUUCGAUAUGAUACAAAUUUUCGAGUAUUUUUAGAAUACGACCAAGAUUUGGCUGUUCGUACUAAAAAUAAAAAGGAACUUUUUGAGGAAAUUAUGAAAUCAUUAUCUAAAACAACAGAUGAGUAUCUACUUUCAGCAACUGUCCGGGAUGUCAAUGACUUCUUCGAACAAGAGAAAAAUUUCCUUAUUGAUUAUUAUGGCCACUUAAAAGACGCUACAAUGAAAUCUGACAAAAUGGUAAACAAACACAAAGACGUUGCAGAUUGUUAUAUUAAAAUAUCAUCGUGUUUGAUCCAGUUGUCUACAUUUGAUCAUAGAGAAUUAGAUUGGUUUUUAAAUCGAUUUUCUGAAACUCUAGAAAAAUUAAGGAAAGUAGAAGGGAGAGUAGCAUCUGAUGAAGACCUAAAGCUUUCAGACACACUACGUUAUUACGUAGGUGACUCAUUUGCUGCCAAACGGCUCUUAUAUAGGCGGCUUCGAUGUUUAGCAAAUUAUGAAGCGGCCAACCGUAAUUUAGAAAAAGCAAGAGCUAAAAAUAAGGAUGUUCAUGCUGCGGAGACAACUCAACAAUUAUCUUGUGAAAAAUUCGAAGUAAUGUCUGAUAAAGGAAAAGAAGAACUAAUUGAUUUCAAAGCGCGACGUGUGUCAACUUUUAAUAAAAAUUUAUUAGAGUUAGCUGAAUGGGAAAUAAAACAUGCCCAGCAUCAAAUCGAUAUACUUAAAACUAGCCUUGAAAUGAUAAACAGUGAAGAGAAAAGUCAACAGUAAAUAUAUAUAGAUAAUUUCAUAAUAAUGUAAGAUAUAAUAUUAUUUAGAAAAUGAACCUAUUGUUGCCUUAUGUUAAUGAUGGUAAAAGUGAUUACAAUGUAUAAUCAUCAAAACUACAAAACAGUUACAGUAUAAUUAUUACAAAAUGCUAUCGAGCAUCAUAAAAAUUGAUUUAAUCACAUAAUAAUUUCUUAUUUAUCCCGUUUUUAUAAAUGUAUAUUAUAUAUUAA